UUACAUUUCAUCAAGCUAAUAAUCUUCAGUCGGUGUUCAAUUUCUGUUUAUUUUUGCAGGUUAGUGUAACUUAUUUGCAGGAUCAAUGGCGCCCAAGGCAGAGAAGAAGCCUAUUGCAGAGAAAAAGCCGGUGGCAGAGAAAGCCCCUGUUGCAGAGAAGAAGACGGCGUCCAAGGCCGAAAAGAAGGUUCCAAAGGAGGCCGGGGAUAAGAAGGGCAAGAAGAAGCACAAGAAGAACGUUGAAACAUACAAGAUUUACAUCUUCAAGGUUCUGAAGCAGGUGCACCCUGAUAUUGGGGUUUCAAGCAAAGCCAUGGGGAUUAUGAACAGUUUCAUCAAUGAUAUCUUCGAAAAGCUUGCAAAUGAAGCCUCCAGAUUGGCUCGCUACAACAAAAAGCCUACCAUCACAUCGCGUGAGAUUCAGACGGCCGUUCGCCUUGUUCUGCCUGGAGAGCUCGCUAAGCAUGCCGUUUCGGAGGGUACAAAGGCUGUCACCAAGUUUACCAGCGGUUAAUUGGUGAAAACAUUUACUAUCGGUGUCUUUUGACACCACCUGUGCGAUGGACUUUGUUUCAAAUUCCUCUUCAAAGCUAAAAUUUUCAGGAAUUUGCGCUUUUUUCGCCAGAUCUGUAUGCUUUUAUUUAUAUUUUCUUAUUUGUUAGGGUUUCAAGGUUUUGCUUGACCGUCUUUCCUUUAUUUAGGUUUCUUGAUACGGUGCUUUUUGCACGUAUGUAAGUAGAGAGGUUUCUGGAUUCAACUGUAAAUGAAACGUUUUUCUGUUUUGAAAUGAUAAGUGGCGUACUGUCUGUUAUUCUGAGUCUAAA